AAUAUACAACAUGUGUCAAUUAUGAACGCUGAAGAUUGAGAAUAUGUUGUUUUUUUAUGACUUGUUUCACUAGGAUAGCUGUACACGUCACACAUAACACCAGUAACAACAAACCAGCAUGGUAGUUGGGCGUCUUUUAUUUUUAGAAUGAAGCGUUGAGUAAGGAGUUGUUUCUACACGGACAUAUUUGAAUGGUGCUACAGCAAACAUGGACGCGGACUCGCAAUUUGUCUUGCAGUAUAUGACAGAAAUUGAGGAAGCAGCGGAAGACGUCCUCACUACUAAACAACAGAUUUUGGACUUGAACAUAAAGAGAAACACAAACAGAGAAGCUCUUAAUGCACUGAAAACAGCAGUGUGUGAUUCAGAAAAAGUUCAGGUUUGUUUUGGAAACAUGUUCAUCAAACUUCCUACAUCAAAGACAAAAGAGAUACUAAAGAGAGACCAGGAGCAGCUGGACAUGCAGAUAAAUGACCUCCGCAAAGGACUAAAAGCCAAAGUAAAUCAUGUCUAUGAGAUGCAAGGGAAACCUGAGCUUAGAGGUUACAACCUGUGUCCUCUGACAAGUGAUGAAGUUAUGGCCAUAAAUAGUAUUUUAAAGGGAUGACGUUAGAACUAGCAGCUAUGUCACAGUGCUGGAAAAUACCACUUCCAUGCAUGUUACUGUUGUACUAAUGAGUGUGACCUGUGCAAUCCUGUUCUUAUCAAAAUGGUGAAUCUGAAUUGUCUAAGCACUGUCGGAGUCAGCUGAAGUGAAACCUCAGAUAAAACCCCAAGAGGUUCAAGGUUUGGGUCAAUUGAUGUCACAUUUGGAAACUUUCUAAAGAGCUCAUAAGCUGUUUGGUCAUCCAGAGAGACUAUAUUCUCCUACAAGGCAGCAUAAGAAAAAUACCUACUUAUAAUACUACUUUUUGGUCAAAAUGCCACUUUGUACAACUGACAGUGUGACGUAUACAAUGUUUUGAAAACAUCACCAAUAUCACAUGUUUGUUUGUUUUUUAAGUUAAUUAUUUUCACUUAAACUUUUGAGCUUCAUG